AUGGCGUCAAAGGGGGUUACUCAGCAGCAGUCGGCGGUUGGUUUGGCAACGGAUGAUCAGGAGCCUAGGGCCCGGGCCGAUGAGAUUCCUGAGCUGCGGCGGGGAUUCCCGAUCCCUCGGGGUCGGUAUCUAGCCAGUGACCUCCCGCCUCUGCAUACGCUGACAGAAAUUUUCGCUGACAUGGCAUCGAACGCCCUGAAAAUGGGAUUCGAGCAUGUCCUCAGACGGCUCGGCAGUCGACCACUUCGGGUGGCGACAAUGUGUUCAGGAACGGAAGCCCCGCUUCUAGCCCUGGAAUUGAUUCAGACGGGUUUGGCAGAGGCCCAGCAACUACGGGUCUCGCACGCUUUCAGCUGCGAGAUAGUUCCGUUCAAGCAAUCAUACAUUGAACGGAACUUCCGCCCCCCUAUCCUCUUUCGGGACAUCACCGAACUUGGAGGGGACGUGGCGCGGACCGCCUACGGGUCAUCGGAAGUGAUUCCCGGUGACCUCGACAUCUUAGUUGCUGGAACUGCCUGUGUCGAUUUCUCUCCGUUGAACAACCGCAAGAAGACGCUGCAGGAAGGCGGCGAGUCGGGAGCGACGUUCGACGGUCUCUUGCGGUACGCGGAGAGAUAUCGGCCCCGAAUGGUCAUCCAGGAGAAUGUCCGGAAUGCUCCCUGGGAUCAGAUGAAGGGAAAGUGGGAGGAGCUCGGAUACAUGUCGGUUUGUGUCAAUGUCGACACAAAGCAUUACUACAUCCCGCAGACACGCGAGCGCGGGUACAUGGUGGUCAUUGACAAGCGCCGCUUGGAAGCAGCGGGCCUGCUUGGAGGCCCCAUGGACCAGAGUGGCAUUGAAAAUGUCACUCAACGCGUUUGUGAGCUCGCUGGUCAAUUCAAACGGCCAGCGAGUGCGCCGGUGGGGUUGUUCUUGCUGAGUGAUGACGACCGCCGACUCGAGCUCAUCGAGAUGAGAGCCCGCCUUGAGUCCAGAAGCGAAACGAGCUGGGACCAGUACCAGAUUCGUCACGAGCGGCACCGUGGCGAACUGGAACUAGGCAUCGAGAGGCCAAUCACUCGAUCCCUGCCCGGAGUCAACGAUCUGAAGGCACCGGAAUUCUACUGGCACCGUUUCUGGAAAACGCAGCCGGAGAGAGUGUGGGAGACUGCAGAUAUGAAUUUCUUGAAGAAGAUGUUGCAGGACUACGACAUGAACUUCAAGGAGCGUUGGAUCGACUUGUCUCAGGGAGUCGAUCGAGGGAACGACAGUCUUGCCGGGUCCGGGAUCGCGGGGUGCCUGACGCCGAAGGGCAUCCCAUUUGUGACCACCCGGGGGGGGGCCCGUAUCUGGCACGGAAGCCCUCUCGUUGCAAGGUCUUCCUCUCGAUCGAAUGCUACUCACGAGAGAAACCCAAGCCGAUUUGAUGGACAUGGCAGGAAAUGCAAUGACGAGUACAGUCCCGUGCAUGAGAUUCUUGACGAUGAUGAGGGGGGUUCAACCAACCCCGGCGACGCGGAGGCCAAGUCCCUUCUCGUCCCUAGCGAGGUCCACAGCCUUGUGAGAAGCAACUUCCAAAUCGCCGAAGCCCCCCUUGUCGACCAUUCUGUUCUCAACGCCAAGGCAGCGAGCAGCGUUCUGUGUUGUUCCUGCGAGAGACAGACUGGGGUUCAAGAUUCAAUCUUCAGUUGCACACUGUGCGGACAUACCGCUUGCAAAUCCUGCCGUGGAAAUCCCACGCAUUCGUAUCUGCGUGUUUCCCCACUUUCUCGACAAAAGCCGUCUGAGUUUAUAGCGAAUUUGAAGGGACUUGUUCCCAUGAAGCUUAUGCUGUCUGGUUUGUCCGAGUUGGACUUCGAGACUUUUAGAACCCUUUACCCUACCGACAACCUCCCCCAGUUUUGGCCCGACUUUAUUCUGUGCGUGAAGGCAGCUGUGACCGACGUCUUCCGGUUUUACGAGAUCAAGCGCGGAAGAAAAUGGCGAGUCGUUUAUGAUGGCACGCACUCCAGCUUGUUCCUUGACAUCGGUCCGGACUCCAUCCAAUGGCUUUUGUACGCAAAGCCCCCCCAAGUCCGCGAGCACAAGAAGCGUCAUCCGACAAGUGCUAGCCAAGCCAAUCGCCAGAAUGAGUCCCACCUCUGGGUCGUUUGUCGGGGCACCCCAUUCUCACUUCAUAUUUCUGGCCGAGGAAGCCGAGUCCGCUCAUUCCAAUCCGAGUGCGGUCUCCAAGCUGCCAGAUUUGUUGAUUCGAAAGUUUGGGACAGUAUUCUCGUUGAAGGAUCCAGUCAAGAUGUCGCAGUUCUUGAUCACGACGUCCGAGGAACCUACGAAUUCCUCCCUGACUGUGGAACAGCGCUUGGUGCAUUGUACAGAAAACAAGCCACCGCCCAUGCGCCCCCAAUGUUCUUAUUCCUUGACCCAACGAAGACUGGACCCCCUGAUGAAGAUGCCUGUGUGUUUGCUCUUGACCACAGCCGCCUUCCUGGAUACGACGUGAGAAUGACGAUCGCCGAGUUAUCACCAGCUUGGAGAUCAUUGGAUGUCACCCUGGAUUCGAAAGAUGUAACAGCGUUCUGCCGUCGAUGGGCCGAGGCCCCCAAAGCGCAGUUGAACCAUUGUCCUGCCGAGCAGAUCAUCCUCCGCACAUUGCAACCAGGAACCCAAGUCUCGUUUGAAAACCAGCACUGUCAUAAUGCUUGUAUUACCCUUACCUCAUUGUCAGCAACUGCAGCGAUUCUCAACCUACCUCACGCAAAUUCCGACUGGCAAGCCUGGAAUCCCGAUGUCUCCAUGAGAGAAUUGAAAGGUCUCGCCUGGUUGUUCCCAAAGAUUGCCGCGUGGUCCGAAUUUGAAGACUGGAACGAAAUCAUCCGUCUGGACUGUGCAGAGUCAAAUGGCAAUUGCAACACCUGCAACCCACCCACCCCAAGUAUCCUCUGGGGUCGCGACAACAAAGGCCGAAUCAUCCCAUAUGAGAAUCCCCAGGACGCUGCCGUCUACGAGCGUGCUAUCAAAAACCGACCCUCGCCAUUCUUGGUCUUCAGACGAAUCAACGAACAUGGAGACGCUGAAUUGCGUUUCACCCUCAAUGUUCAAGCUCUGACACACCAGGCACAUGGAAAAUUGGUUGGCACCGCAAGCCGCGAGACAGUCACAUCUCGCUGGCGACUUAUUCCUCAUGCGUACGACAUGGCUCAAAAAACCCCUGAUAUGAGUCAAGCCACCCCUGACAGGUUUACUUUGAAGGGCAACGAGAACUGCAGUCCUUCGCCACAACCUCCCAACUUCAAAUUUCAACUGCGUGAGGAACAGCUUCAAUCAUUGAGCUGGAUGAUUUCACAAGAAGCAGAAAACAUGGAACCAUUCAUGGAAGAGGAAGUUGAAGAAUCCAUCCUCCCCUUGAUGCCCUGGCGCGCUGAAGCCAAAGCGACAAUGCCAAAAGCUGUUCGCGGUGGCGUGCUAGCUGACGAGGUUGGAUAUGGCAAGACAGCCAUCAUUCUUGGUCUCAUCGACGCGCAGUAUGAAAGCGACACCAAACCCCAAGAGGACGACGGGCUGAUCCCAACAAAAGCAACCUUGAUCAUCGUACCCAACAACGUUCUCAGGCAGUGGGUUUCGGAGAUCAAGAAGUUCCUCGCAGGGAAAUACAAAGUUUUGGUGAUAAAUUCAUUCAACAACCCCACCAUCCGGGAUGUCGAAGAUGCAGAUAUCGUGAUUUUGUCAUGGACUACAUUGGCAAGCGAUGGGUACUGCAGCCGACUUCAACGAUUUACCGGAACACCCCGGGCUCCCGCAAAAUCGAGCGGAGGAACAGGUCGAAAUUUCGAUAGCUGGUUCCACGACGCUCGUGCUUCCUUGCGGGAGUCCGUUGACAUAUUGAGAACAGAAGGGCCUGAGGCGAUGCUCCAGCAAUUGGAGGCCAGACGUCGCCGAGUUCAAGAGACACAGGCCGACUUCACCUACGUGCCCUCUCGACGCCUCCGUGGCCAGGCAUUCGCUGAUGCUAAUAAUGGUCGUGACGAGUCUAAUGCAGAAGCACAAGCCGGAGAUGGUUUGAACUCCGAGGCUGACGCCGGGUUGAAUGGAUCUGGUGCAUCUGGUGUUGGACACUCGACCGGAACAGCGAGUUCUGUGGGCCAGCGGAAGCGGAGGCACAGUAGCAAGCCAGUGGAAGGUCCAGACGGAAAGCGACAAAAAAGCGAGUCGACAGACCCGGCAGGAGUGACCGAUGACAAAGAGGAACGUCCAGCCGGAACGCGACAAAAGCGCGAGUCGACAGACCCGGCGGGAGUGACCGAUGACAAACAGGAACGUCCAGCCGGAAAGCGACAAAAACGCAAAUCGACAGACCCGGCAGAAGUGACCGAUGACAAACAGGAACGUGAAGACAGACCAACAGCCGUGACGGAUGACCGCAAGGAGUUUGGUAUCAAAAAGAACUCCCAGCAACAAUGGCGCGACAUCAAAGCCGGAUUCCUUCACGCUUUCAAGUUCAACCGUUUGGUUAUCGACGAAUACACAUACGCCGGAGAAGAAAGACAUACAUCCCUGGUCUCAUUGCAGGCACGCUCCAAAUGGAUCCUUUCUGGGACGCCAGGUCUUGAUGAAUUUGCCGACAUCAAGAGUAUUGCGCGUUACCUUGGUGUACAUCUUGGUGUGGAUGACGAUGGCGAUUGCGACAAGCCGACGCAGAACCAAAGACUACGAGAUAUCCGGAAGAGUCACACAGCAGUCGAGGCAUUCCAAUAUUACCAGGCACCCCACAGCAAUGCCUGGUACCGAAAUCGCCGAGAACAUGCCCAAAGAUUCCUGGACCGGUUUGCGCGUCAGAACUUCGCACGUAUCGCACACAUUCCAGUGAUACCACACAUUGUCAUCACCGAACAGUCGCCCGACGAAAAGACAGCGUACGAUACGUUGUUCCGAGCCGUCAAAGAAAACAAGAGACGAAUCCCUGGUCCCCUGAACACCAUUUUAUCCAAGAGCCAGUUCCCCCAGGAGGCUCUCAUCAUGUCCUGCGUCACAAGUCAAAUCGGACAGCCUCAAUGGAACCUCGACAAAUGCCUCAAAGGCUCGGUGAACGACAAAAAGAAAUCUGACGAGAUGUGGGCUAAAGUGGAAUCGAUCACUCGACAGGCAGCGACUGUUUGGUAUAGCCAUCUGAAGAAUACCAAUCCCAAAGACUGGCAGGACGCCCUGAAUGGCGUUGCCAAGGUUGAUUUCGGGGACCUGGAACUCAACCAAAGAUUCAACGAUCUCUUAAAGACAAUCGUCGAGACAUUCACCGAGUGGGUAUUCGUUUACGAACACCGUCCAAUCGGCGAUUUGCUCCAGGCGCGACGCCAAAAGGCACAGAACGCGAAGAAUGGCAACACAGCCACUGGAGAAUCGGUUUGGACUGCUGUCGAAAAAGCAUUGUCCGCUGAAGCCACCUCUCUCUUGAAGCAACUCCUCGACAUUGAUCGCGAAUACCGAUUCUACACACAUCUGGCGACGAUCCAAACCGUUGGGAUCCCACCAUGCGAAAACUGCAAGAUCAAUUUGCACGAAAAAGAAGAUGUCAACGUUCUCAAAACCUGCGGUCACCUCCUCUGCACAGUUUGUCUUCACACCGCGAGCAACCAAUCACGCAAACCCUGCCCCGUUUUUGGAUGCAGCGCCCACAUUGUCCAAUCCAAGAUUGUGCCCGGUGAAACCCUCGUCGGCGAAGACCAAACAAUCCCGAGUACCAAGCUCAACAAGCUUGUUGAAAUCAUCCGCAGUGUCCCAGAGGACGAACUUGUUAUCAUCUUCGUGCAAGCCAGCCAUCUGUUGCCCGUUGCAUCGAAUGCGCUCGACGCAGCCGACAUCGACCACCGCAUGGUCACAGCCAACAACUUGAAGGGAAUCGGCGAUUUCACUGAUCCGCCCAAACCAAAGAAGGGUGAAACCGAAGCACCUUCUAGACCAAAGGCUUUGAUCUUGAAUCUCGGAAACUCCAUGGCAGCUGGACUGAACCUUCAAUGCGCAAACCACGUCAUCUUCCUGUGCCCCUAUUUCGCCUCCUCUGAGCACGAAUACCAAGCCGGCAUGACCCAGGCAAUUGGACGUGCUCGGCGCUUCGGACAAAAGCGCGCAGUCCAUACUUAUCAUAUGCUGGUGAAAAACACAUACGAAGUCAACAUCUUCCAACAAGCUCAGUCAGGCAAACUCGUUGAGCGCCAAGGUGUUCCUGUGUUAGUCCCAGAGGGACAGGUAUUGCCAGAGGACGUGGCAAUGGAAGGGGAGGAGCUGCCAGAGUAG